CUUUCCAUUUCCAGCCUUCACUGAAGUUUAAAGGAAAUCUGACGUUUGAUCAGUAUUGACGAGUUGGCCGGAAAAAAUACUCGGCCAGGAAGUGUUGGUCUGUCAAUGAUGGGAGAAUGUCGCUGGGUGUUGCAAUGUUUUCCUUAUCGCCAUUGGACUUCCGCUCCGCCGCUCAAAGCUGCCGCUGCUGCGUCUCCAGACACUUCCUGCACCGAGCUACAGUUUUCCGAGCAAGCGACUCUCGUCGUGAGGGGGAAGACAAGAUGAGGAAUAAAGAUCUUUGGGAGGGAACGUGAGGCUUGACUCAAAGACACUACCAUGACAUAGACUAAGGCCCCCCUGGAACUGUCUCCUUGUUUGUCUUUUGUUAGGUUUAUUUUUUGUUGUCUAGUCUUCACUUGUCUUGCUUGGUGUUUACACUCUCCUUGUGGAGAAUAGAUAAUGAAAUAGUAUGCGGGAGUAUUUGUUUGCAUGCAACUUUAAUGUAUCACACUACUGUCUAAAGGACUGACCUAGUCACUCCUCGUGUCGCCCUACUAUAUGACAGAGAUUAAAGAUAGCAAUAGAGGUAUAAAAGGUCUUGAAAAAAGUCUGCACUAUCAUAUCAUUGCAGGAAUUAAUUACAUUUCGGCCAGCACUUACCAUCCAGCAUACUUUACCGAAUUCUUUACUUGUGCUGUUAUGUAAUUGUUGUAGCCUUCUUGUUUAAACAAGGUGUGUUUUUUUUUCUCAUUCACACUUAAUGGAUCUAUUUUUCAAUGCAACCAAGAGUUUUAGUUUUGUCUAUUUGUGUAAUUAUUUAAAGAUUUAUUGUUAAUGUUGAGGAGCUGCUCAGCUGCCUAUAUUGUUAAUCGCAAUAGACGGCUUUAAGUUGUAAUGUAAACAUUCUUUUUUUACUUAUGUAAUCUUUGUGAAGAAAAUAUACAUUUUUAAGUUUCAUUGUCUUUUGAAUAUGUUGAAGUAUUGCUCAUUUGUCCACUGGCAGUAAACUGUAGAAGCUGUUCAUGAUCAAACUGAUGGGAGCUUUCUAACUGUGACGCAAAGACUGAUCGUCAGCAGUUUCCAUCUUUACUGGAUAAAUACUCUAAACAGAAGAACCUUUGAACUGGAGUUUCCCUUUCAAAUGAAGACAUACCUCUUUAAUAGACAGACGGAAACAAACUAAGAGCAGAUUUUUUUUGUGUGACAUUGUCUCUUGAAUUCAAACACUGAAGACGGAGAAUGAUUUUGAGGAGAUUUCAGGGAUAAAGGUCUCAGACUGACAUUCAAAUACAAUUUGGUUUUCCCUGCAAAUGGUGCGAGAGCUGCCGGAUUCCGCUCCUCAAGCCUCUAACUGUAGAAAAUACGACCCUAAAGCUUGUUAAACCAACUUUUUCCUGUAAAAGCCUUGUCCACUUCAGCUGUGAGGAUGCGAUCUCCUGAACCAUCUUCACCUUCCACAGCAGAAGCCCUCCUUCAUGGCCAGUUUGCCAGCUGGGAUUCAGGCAGCAACAGCAACAAUAACAGCUGCCCCAACAGCCCUGGUGGUCCGGGGAGACUCUCCCCCGCUGUCUCCCCUACUCCAGCGUCAGCCUCCAACUAUGCCUUGACCCUCACCCACACUCACAUACAUAUCCAGCGGCUGUCACCACGGCCGGGGAAGGAAGCCCGUCUCUUGCUGCCUUUAUCAGAACUAGUGGGGUGCAGCUGCCCUCGCGCCCCUGCACCCCCUCUUCUGGUGCUGUACUGGUACCCACCAGGCAAACGACGGAAAGGGGUGUCUCGGCGCAGGCAGGUGAGGGCCUACCUGGCAGAAAGCAGGUCUGAAGCUGAGAGGUGGUCAGCUGCUGUACAGUGUCUACUCAGAGGUGUGACCGUCACUGCUGAAACAGAAUUUUCAAGAAGUCUGCUACCUCGUCCCAGGCGACUACUGUUAUUGGUCAAUCCCUUCAGUGGGAGAGGCCAGGCAAUGCAGUGGUGUCAGACCCAUAUCCUGCCAAUGAUCAGAGAAGCCAACAUCAGCUACAACCUUAUACAGACAGAGCGUCAGAACCAUGCCAGAGAGCUUAUCAGAGAGUUAUCACUACCAGAAUGGGAUGGCAUCAUCAUUAUCUCUGGAGAUGGUCUGCUGCAUGAGGUAAUUAAUGGGUUGAUGGAGCGUCCUGACUGGGAACAAGCAAUAAAAACACCUGUUGGCAUUCUUCCCUGUGGCUCCGGGAAUGCACUGGCUGGCUCUAUCAACCACCAUGCAGGGUAUGACAUGUGCCUUCGGGAGCCCCUCCUUUUGAAUUGCUGCUUUUUGAUUUGUCGAGGCGGUGUUCGACCAAUGGACGUGGUCUCUGUGACAACAAGCCCUUCUCCCUCCACCAACAGUCGUACUGCAGCACCCAGGAGACUGUUUUCUUUCCUCUCUGUUGCCUGGGGCUUCGUGUCCGAUGUGGACAUUGAGAGUGAGAGGUAUCGUGGCCUGGGCUCAGCUCGCUUCACCCUGGGUACCCUGGUGCGCAUAGCUUCUCUUCGAUCCUACAAGGGUCGUCUGUCCUACCUGCCUCCCUCUAUUAGCACCACAUCACCAGACGCCACACCUCCUCCGCCCAGGAGACCCCUCUCCCGGAGUAUCACAGAAGGCCUGGAUGGCUUCUGUCGAACGCCCAUCCAUCGCACCUGCUCUGACAUGGGCAUUAGUGAACAGAGGAGCCUGCGUAAGGGUGAGGGAGAGAGGGAAAAAGAGGAGAGGCAGAGAGAAAGGGACAGAAGAAGGGAGAGGGCUAGGGGAGGAGGAACUGGGGUGGUGAGAGCAAGCAGCCUGGCAGAGGACAGAGAGAGAGAGGUAGAGAUGGAAGCAGAAGAGGGGAGAUCAGGGACAUGUUCAGAGAGUUCAGAAUCAAUUGAAAGGGAAGACUGCAAUAUGGGUAGAAUAGAAAGGUUGGCGGGGAUCAAGGAUGAUAGGGAAGAUGAGGGAAUUGUAGAGCAAGACUCCAGUGAGAUGGAGGAGGAGGAUAGGGGGAAGGAUGGGGAAGGCAGUGGUGGUUCUGCAGAGGGGGAGAGAGUGUUGCAUGCAAUAGAGCUGGGAGAGAGCUGUGGGGUAGAUGUGGGGCGAGAGGCAGAUGAAGAGCCAGAAGGUUACCAAGAUGGGCUCCAGAAAGCCAGACAGGCACUGAGAAAGAAUUCAGCCCCUUCGAGCCAAAUAGCCAACACUCUCUUUAACCAGCCUCUCAGUCAGGAGGCUGACACAAAUUCGGGAACUUCAUACGGGGUAGAGGACAUAGAUCUGAAUGGAACCUACUACCAGAAAGAAUCCUACCAACUGGACGUUGCUCGUGAGCGAUCUCUCACCAUCUCCUCUCCCUUUCGUCAUUCUCCCUUCUCUAACAAGCCCAAGACGCUGGACCAAAACCAGAACACCUCCCGGCCGAGGCCCCUCUCUCUCCUCCAGCACUCCCACUCAAACUCCCUCCCCCCUAAACUCCCGUCCCUCUCCCUGUCUCUUUCUCCGACACCCCCAUCUUCCCCUUCAUGUGCCUCCCCACACUCUUCAUCCUACCUCGUCCCUCGUCCUAACACCCCAAAUUCCACUUCGCCCUCACCCUCUCUACGCACACCGUCCUCAUCUUUUAACUUUGACAUUGCUGAGCCAGCAGGACCUUUGAAGAACCGUCCUUUUGUCUCACUGCCUUUAAAUAUCCCUCGGGAUGACUUGUUACCUCCCCUCGACCAACCCCUUCCCACUAGAGACUGGGUCACCAUCGAAGGGGACUUUGUCCUGGUCCUGGCCCUUUAUCAGUCUCACCUCGGGGCUGAUCUUCAUGCUGCACCCCAGGCCAGGUUCGACGAUGGGCUGAUCCACCUGACCUUUGUGCGGGCGGGGAUCUCCAGAGCCACUCUACUGAGACUGUUCUUUGCCAUGGAAAGAGGAAACCACCACUCCGUCAGCUCGCCUUAUGUGAGCCAUAUUUCCUGUAAGGCCUUCAGGCUGCAGCCUCUGUCUACACGGGGGACACUCACUGUGGAUGGAGAACUGGUGCCCUAUGGGCCUCUUCAAGCACAGGUUCAUCCUUCCAUGGCUCGUCUCAUCGUUGGUGACUCUGGAGUGAAGAUUACCAGAUUCUGAUUGGGUGGUUGAGCUGAUUGACAGAUACAGCACUGAAUUAUGUAAUCUCUGCUGUCAUCUAUACUCUGAAAUACCGUGGAGUAUUAGAGAGAGACUUAAAAUAUAGCCUGGAUUGCAGAAACUGCUUUUCUGGGGUUUAAUGAAAGGGAUAACCCACCAAGCCACGCAUCAUUGGAGCAUGACUGCAGGGAUUAAUAGCAAAUUUAAAAAUGGAUGAAAAAUGCGCCUCAUUGCACAGUUGUAGGAUUACGCUCAGCGUACCUUGAGAAGCAUGAAAACUGCACAGCCUGGAAUAGUAAGAGGGAAGAACAAUCGAAUGUUUAUGGAGUUUUUUUGUGUGCAGGUGCAUGUGUUGGAUGUAUACAUAGAGGUAUGCAUGCAAAGAAGCACUACCUGAAUUUUGCCUUUUAAUGAGAGAAAGAAGUCAAAUUAAAAUCAGAGAAGGUUGUUCUUAAACAUGAAAUGCUACAAAAUAUACAUUGAGAUUCACUUGGCCCCAACCCUUUAUCUUUAACCUGUUCUCUAUGUCCAAAUGUUUAAAAAACUUCUGUCCAUGAAAAAGAAUGCCUUACCUGACACUGGACAGUACAGUUGUACCUUUGCCCUUACUUGUUCUUACUUAUGUAAGAAACCCAAAUAUUUUCAAUCUCUGUCCACCUAUCAUAGUGUCCGUCCACUACAUCUAAGCAAAGCUACGCUUGUAUACUUAGACAUACUGGUAUACUCACAUACCUACUGUUAUCUUUGAGCACACUGCUCUCCACUGUUAAAAGCAUCAGUCGAGAAAAAUGUGGACACUUUAAUAACCAUUUUGUUCAUGCAAGUAAUUCAGUGUAGUCCAGAGAGAUUAGCAUGUCAGGGUCAUUACAUAGUAGGAGCAAUGGAACCGUUGAACGGUGACCAUUACUGACAUUUUUACAUAAUCUGACAGUUUUUCUUAGCCAGACGGAUGCACGAUUAUGAUGUCAACAUACUGAAUAUAAAAAUGUCUGAACAAAGCAAGCUUCUUUGUCAAUGGUAUAGUAAUUAGUGCAUUUUGUACAAUAACUAGAGUUGAAGCAGCACAGAAAAUCACAACACUAGAAUCUAUAGUAACUUUUAGAUACAUCUAUGGCGUAAUGCAAUAUCUGAUGCUUUGUUCUAGAAAUGGGUGCGCUUGUAUUAAUAGUAUAAUCACAUUACAUUCCUAGCUUGAAAUUAAUCAAAUGUCUGAAUUUAAACACUCAAAUCUUUUGAAAGGUAGGAGUGACUGAUCAGGACACAUUUAAAUCCAGAAGCUCUGUGUCAUCACAUCAAGAGAUAAAUCAGAUGGAAGUAAAACAACUUUAUUGUGAGAAAGUAUCCAGCAGCAGAGCUGAUCUGGUGAACUAAGUGAUAGAUUGGGUUUUACAUUUAAUUCUUGAGGCCCCUUCUUGGAAUUAUUAUGUCUUAUGAAUUAAUAUUUUAAAUGUAAUAAAACCUGCUGAUAUACAUGUCCUGGAUAAAGGAUAACUCAUUUGCAUGUGCAGUGCAUCAAUCAGUAAGAUCAUGUGCCGACUGCUUGGGUCAUCAUCAACAAACUGUAUGUUUUGGUCAUGCCUGGACAAAUCAAUGCCUUUGUAUAAUAAGCCUGUACAUUCUGGCUGUUGAUUAUAAACUGUUAAAACCUGACUGCAGAAAAUGGAGUAAAACUCUUUGCUUACCAGG